GAAGGCUCGGUUAUUUGAUCGCGAUCGAUUUUCAGAAAUUUGACCUUUCGAGCUUUCGAAUGUGGUUUCGAACGUCAAAAAUCAUGCAUGUUUGUUUAAAAAACAACGCAAUUUCCAGUUUUAUGAACAACAAAUUAUAAUGAUGACUCUAGCUCGAAUGUCGGUUUGGUUUUGAAGCUUUUUCGAGUAAAGAUUGUGUGCUGAAACAUCGCUUUGAAAUUGCAUUUGACAAUUGUGUCUGAAGGUCGUACUUUCGUGUUGUGUUCGGAACAAAACAUGAAUCGUGACACCAAUGGUACUUCGAUCAGAUGGGAGGAUUUUUGUCGAAAACAUGGCGAAAACGCUGCGAGACAAUUUGCAAAAGAAGUGAAAUAUUUUGUGGACAAUAAUCCCGUGUACGAUGGCAUAAGUUCUGCGAAUAUUUUCGCGAAAAAGUUCAUCGAGUGUUUCAAUCAGACGUUCACAGCUGAGCUUAUCAAUGCAACUUGGAAUGACUUCAGUGAUCCGGACUCGCCUGGGCCCUUCUCUAGCGAGGCAAAUUAUCCUCCCAGUGGCCCAAACAGCCAACAAGUAAACGGACAGGACCAAGGGGGCAAACCUCGCUCGAAAUUUAACUUUAAACACCUGUUUAAGCGUUCAAACAGCGCGAAUCAAGUCGAGACACAGUUGCCACCAUCGAACGGAAGCUUAAACGAAGCGACGAGAUCCAGGCCACCAAACUUGAGUCUUGACCAAGAACGACCGCCGAACGAGGUUAAAAAAGACGGUAUAUUAGAUUAUCUAGUAAAUUUAGACUCUGGGGUUGAUUUAGAAGAGUUUUUCUGGCAGAAAUGUCGUGUUUUAUUGUACAAAGCUCCGGGUGGGUUCAUGCUGGAAUUUUAUGCACCGCCAAAGGUAAGUCAAUAAAGUCAUUGCGUUUCCUGUAUACGUGAAAUGUUCAGUGCGCUUUAAAUCUUUAAACCACAGCUUUAAACACAAUGAAUAGCUUAAAAUCUAGAUUAAUUAUGUUUCAUAUACUGCGCGAAUAAAUGUGUGUUUACCGAACGAAAUAAUGAGCUUUAAUCUUGUUAUCUUUAAUAUAUAAUUUGAUGUCGAAUUUUAAGUGCAUUGGCUACGGAGGAAGUUAAUCUUUCGGCAAAAACAUAUUGUUUGCAAAUUUCAGCCAUUAAAAGAAACUGAUACGGUCCCAUUUUUAUGUGUUUUGUAUAAGUGUCUUGGUAUAAAUAAAUAAACAAGAAAAGGCUGCUUCAACAUCAACUUUUUUUUUUUUUGUAAUAAAGUACAUGUAUAAUAUCACGUGUGAAGUAGUAAACGGUUUAUUGGCACGCUUUAGGUAGUGACAACACCAGAAGCUGUGGAUUCAGAAGAGUUCAACUACUUUAAAAAUAAGUAAAACUUCGACGUUUUGACCUCGAAACUUUUCACCUGUAUUUAGGUAUUUGAAUCAGUCUCAAUGCACAGCUUUCUGGUGUCAAAUUGUAAGUAUAUAUUAUAUUGCAUCUGCGAUUGCAGUAUUAAAACUUUCUCAUUCCUUGAUGCGACCUUUUGAUAAUGAUGUUACAAAUCUCUUCUUUGCCUGGGAGCCUCAAUCUAAUGAGUCCCUGAGUGAAUCGCCUUUACUCUACCCUGGAUUCCAGAGCCUUCGACAGUAAAUAAUAAAUUGAAACGUCGCAAAGGCUUUGGUUCAACGGGGAGAUUCUUUGAUUAAACCGCGCCACAAAACAGAAUUAUUUAAUCAACGAAUCUCCCCAUUGAACCAGAGACUUCGCGACGUUUCAAUUUAUUAUUUACUGUCGAAGGCUCUGGAAUCCAGGGUGCCUUUACUCUUGAUUUAUGAAAAAUCAAGCACAGACAUAUUUUCUGGGGGAGUUGCAGGGGGGUUUGAACUCGAGACAUUUGCCCCCCCCCCCCCGGGCAGAUAUUUAAAUGCUCAUUGGAUUAAAUGAUAGUAUGUGGUGUGAUUUAAAUAUGGAUUUUGAACUAAAAUUGUUGCCAUAGUAAAUUGGCUGGUUUUAAUGUUCAUUAAUUUAAUGUAUGAAUUUUAAAAACUGAAAUCCACUUUCCUGACUGGAAAGUUUGGAAAGAUUUCGAAAAUUUAAUAGAAAAUGUAUAGCAAGCAUCAAAAUUUGCACGGCCGAGACUUUCCACACUGGCCUGCUUUUAUGUGAGAUAAUUUAAUGAAAAAGAAUUAAAUUAUUUUGUAGUGGAAGUUGUUCAUUCUCUCAUGAUAUAGAGGUUUAUUAAAUUUCAAUGGUAAAAUUGUUAAUAAAUUAUAUUAAUUAGCACACAAUCAGAUUGACUGUCUGCAUAAUUAAGUGUUGUUUAUGUUAAUAUUUUCUACUUUUGACUGGAGUGAUGAAUUUCUGGUACUACUGUAAUCUUAGAGACCCCAAAUUUUUUGACUGUGAUAAAUUUUACAUUGUAUUCAUGAUAAAUUGUCAGGCUGCAAAACCAAAGAACGGCAUAUUCUGUUUCCUGAUCCAUGAAGCGAGGCCAGCGACCAUUUUGGAAAUGCCUGAUGGAGAUCACGUCUUUGUUAUUAAAGCUGUUAAUAAAAAGGAGUAUAUGUUGCGAGCAAGCAAUAAAUAUGAAAUGAAUACUUGGCUUGACGAGAUACGACAUUGUAUGGAAGAAGACCAGGGCGGGCCAACAAGCAGGUAUAGAUGGUUUUAAAUAACUGCAAUGCCUUAUAAGAUGCAAGACAAUUUUCUUAUCAAAGUAAAUAAUGACUCACCAGACUAUUUGCUAAUUUAAUCCAUUAGGACAUAAUUUAUGUACCCCAAUGGCUGUUACUUUGUUCAAAUUUCUGUGUAAUGCCAAAGGACUUAACUCAUGAAGGGGGAAAGUUUGCAUUAAUGAUUUAACUUUACUAUAAGCCCAUUUGCAUGGCAAUCCACCCUACCUCUACGAUUUUAUUUGUCAACGGGAGAGUGCUGCCACUCAAUGGGUUUUGUGUGUGAUAAUGUAUUGAAAGUAGUUAUCCAUAGAUCUUCUUGUAAAAACGUUUUAUUUUGUUAAGUCCAACUACAACAACUGCUCCAACAUUUCCGUCGCUACCGACACCACCUGAUAAUGGUCGCAGAGACGGACCUCUCCUGGUCUCAUUACCAAAUGAGAAUGUCACAAGUAAGUGAAUACGUCCUUACUUGCAGCCGAGAGCUAAGCUGAAUUGAGAAGGACGCAGCUAAACCUGACUGAGUUGAAGGCUUUCUAAGGAUGCCUCAGGCAGCCACUUAAUGGGUCAGUAGGGACUAAUCCCAGCCGCGAGGAAACUGGAGUACACAGAGGAACCCACAACUUUUAGUACAGCAUUAGCCAUUCCGAAGUUGAUGAGAGGACUGGGGAUGAGUGUUAAAAAGUGCCCAAAUUAAGAAAUGAACCAAAUCAAUAAAAAGACCACCUUAAAAUUAGUAAGUAUACAAAGUUUGAAGACAUUUACAUGAAUACCCUUCAAAUAAUAAGCUUUCGAAAAUCGCGAUAUUUACUAUGAAAUGUACUGUAAUUUUUGUUUUUGGGGACGCGCGUCCCCAAAACAGUCUUAAUUCAGCAAUUUCACAAUUUUCGAAAGCUUAUUAUUCGAAGGGUAUUCAUGGAAACAUCUUCAAACUUUGUAUACUUACUAAUUUUGAGGUGGUCUUUUUAGUGAUUUGGUUCAUUUCUUAAUUUGGGUACUUUUUAGCACUCGUCCCCAGUCCACUCAUCAACUUCGGAAUGGCUAAUUGACAGACUCUUUUCUCAUGAAUGCCAUGAGUCCACAGUGACAAUCAAAGCCAUGAUCUCGGAGGUGAAAGGUGUUUCCAUUGCACCACCAAAGCCUCAAUGUAGAAUUUGUGUUGAUGUUUAAAAUUGAUUGACUGACUGGUCAUUGUUUAGUUGCUGUGUUGCAUGAGAGACAAAGUUAAUUAUUCUUCGGAUACUUAAUUAAUAACUAUGUACAUCUUCAUUUGGCAUAAAUUUCAGGUUCACGCAGUGGGACUUUUCCUCGAGCAGCCAGUUUCGAUGCACCCAUUACAUCUGAGCCUCGCUGUAAGUACUGUACAUGAUUUUAUAUGGAAUUUUUAUAUAAUUUAUGGUGUUGGUAAGAGGAGGUACCCUACGAAUCUAUGCCCCUCCACACAUAUAUCAGAUGAGCUUAGACAGCCCCUCACCCUGUCAAUCAUAUGAACCCACCACAAUCCCGAUGUUUUCAUGCUUUUGCAUUUUGGACAUACUAUAAUUUACCAAGGUAAUAGAAUGGUCCUAUCCCUUAAAAUAUCCCCCACCUCCCCACCACACCUUAUUUUCCCAGUCAUUUCAAUAGUGUUGGCUUUCUGUUUUCUAGAUUCUGCCAGUCCUGCUCCACCCUCUUCACCUCCCCCUGCUUUACCCCCACGGUCACAUUUGAUGAAUGACGUGGACCCCAGACCCAGGGGAGAAGAAUCACAUGAGACAUUUUUUGGUGUAUCCAAUGAAACACCGCCUCCCAGUCCAGAUGUUAACAAUGAAAGAGGUAUGUUAUAUCUCUGAUCUCAAACGUGGUGGUCCAGUGUAGGUAGUAUUCUACAAUGAGCUGACUAUGUCCACCGGGGUCAAUCUGUCUGUCUGUUUGUUUGCCUGUCUAUUUGUCAGAUCCCCGUUUUCAAAAGCCAGAACUCCUUUUUCAAAUGCCAGAACUCCCUUUUCAAAUGCCAGAAUUCCGUUUUCAAAUGCUAGAGCUCCGUUUUCAAAAGCCAGAACUCCCUUUUCAAAUGCCAAAACUCGGUUUUCAAAUGCCAGAACUCCGUUUUCAAAUGCCAAAACUCAGUUUUCAAAUGCCAGAACCGGCUCCGUUUUCAAAUGCCAAAACUCAGUGUUUUCAAAUGCCAGAACUCCCUUUUCAAAUGCCAACUCAGUUUUCAAAAGCCAGAACUCUGUUUUCAAAUGCCAAAACUCAGUUUUCAAAUGCUAGAACUCCGUUUUCAAAAGCCAAAACUCAGUUUUCAAAUGUCAGAACUCCCUUUUCAAGUGCCAAAACUCCGUUUUCAAAUGCCAGAACUUCCUUUUCAAAUGCCAAAACUCCGUUUUCAAAUGCCAAAACUCCGUUUUCAAAUGCCACAACUCCGUUUUCAAAUGCCAAAACUCCGUUUUCGGCUUGACAUAUGAAAAUUUUCGACCAAUUGGGUUUGAGUCAUUUAGUGAAUAGCCUGAUAAAAUAGACGACCUUUGACUCACUCACGAGAAUGAGUGAAAGUUCGUCUGUUUUAUUGGGCUAAUUAGUGAACACUCGAUUUUGACAAUAUGAAACAUAACUAAAAAAAAAUUCUUCGGUGCCUGGGCCCCGGUCGCAAUAAACUGUCGUAAUAAACUGUCGUGGUUUGUGUCUGAACUACCUGAAAAAGAUAUCUCAAACGUGGUGGGCCAGUAUAUGGGUAGUAUUCUGCAAUAAGGCCUGUUUUAUUCGUCGCAUUUCGGUCGCCUCGAAUGCAAUUCAAACAAUAACAGAAAAGAAGCUUAAUGAGGUUUAUCAUCUCAUUAUCUAUUGUCUUAAUUGCAUUCGACACGACCAAAAUUCCACGUAUAAAACAGACCUAAACUGCCAUGGUUCGUGUGUUCAGUUCCUAGUACCACAGGAUUAUUUUGCAUAUUGAUGUAAAAUUCAUAUUUUUCAGUUCCGUCAGAGCAAACAGAAAACACGUCGACGAUGCCAGAAGGCGUUCAAAACUGGAUAUCAUUCACGGGAGAGAAUCACCCGCUCGCCCCAUACCCCUGGUUCCACGGCACACUCUCGCGGCUCGAAGCCUCGCAUCUCGUGUCUCAGGGCGGACAGCAAUGGCAUGGAAUAUUUCUCAUACGACAGAGCGAGACACGACAGGGAGAUUACGUGCUCACGUUUAACUUUCAAGGACGUGCGAAGGUUUGUGGGGUAGCUUGUGGAUACUCAAUAAAUAUUUGCAUACUCGCGACCUGAAAAUAUAAAUAUUUACAAGCUUUCGUAGUUGGUAAUUCCGUAAGAGUGGGUUUAUAUUUCAUGCCGAGUGUUAUUUCCGCUGGAGAAAACCACGAAAACAAAACGUUUUUCGCCUUUUAUAACAAUCUGCUCCGAAACGGCUUUUUAUCACUCGUAGUCAUUCGUGGUCACUCAAACGGGUCGUCUGUAGCGAGAAUUGGUUGCACUUGUAACUCUUGUCUGGACAAAGUGAAAUAAAAGAGAGACACACGUCAGCCUUAAGCCCUGGGCAAACUAGGAAACAUUGCUUCCUGCCAAUGUUUCGCCAUGUUUCCCAAGGUGGGCAAACACUAGGAAACAUUUCUGCUUCUCGGGAAGCAAAUUGUGUUUCUGCAACGAUGUUUCCACGGGUGGGCAAACACAGAAGCACUUGAGGAAACAUGGCGAAUCACAAUGUUUCCGCAACAAUGUUCCCUAGUUUGCCCAAGGCUUUAAUCAUGUAUUUUUGUUUCAGCAUCUACGACUGUCAUUGAAUGCAGACGGCCAUUGUCGUGUACAACAUCUCUGGUUUCCAAGUCUCUUCGACAUGCUCGAACAUUUCCGAUCGAAUCCCAUUCCCCUGGAGAGCGGUGGUCCCUCUGACGUCAUGCUUACAAACUUUUGUGUGAAUACUGGCGAGGGGGAGGUCACGGCCAGGCAGACCUUGCCGGGGAGGUCAAAUCGCAAUGAGGGACUAAGGCGAUCGCACAGUGUGCAGGCCAGCAGACUGUCCAGAACAGCGGUUAUUCAAGGAGGUUCUGUGCGGCUACCGUCCACGUCAGCCAAUCAACAUCCGAUACGAGUACGAGCUGUCGAGAAUCACUACGCGGUAAUGUAAAUAAGAUGGCAUAACUUGUAUACCCUGUAUAUUAUGACUUGUUUUUAUCGGUGGGUUUCAUUCUGUAUUACACGGCAGUAGAUGGUGACUCAACUGCAGAAAUGCUGAUAUUAAAUCGCGCGUGUCCCCCAAAAAAACUGCACACUGUUUUAUUUCAUGUGACGUAAAAGCUAUAAAAGCUAUCGCAAUGAAAUAAAGAUCAUUACAUUCAGAAAGGACUAAAGGCCUGUUUAAACGUUUCCAACAUUGUUGGGCCAACAUCAUCCAACAUUGUUGAAAUAAUGGCUCAAACGGCUUCUUUUUCAAAUAUUUUUGUCAAGACUAGGUUUAGAGUUUGAGUAAAACUUAUCUAACCAAAAAGAUUUGAAAGAGAAGCAGUCAUAUCUAGUAUAGUAACAUUGUUGGAUGAUGUUGGUCCAACAAUGUUGGAUCCGUUUAAACAGGCCUUUAUAACUUUUUCGU